GUAGUUAGGUGAAGCAAUAGUCUUAAAUCAUUGGAACUAAACGCUCGCCAGGGGAAGGACGAGAAGCGGCCAGACCACCACCGCCGCUGCCGCCGCAACAAAAAAACAACAAUAACAACAACACCAACAACAACAACAACAACAACACACACAACAAACAAAGAUGGAGGACUCUGGUGGGAUGACGACCAACGCUCAGGAGUUCUGUCUGCGGUGGAACAACUUCCACUCCAGCCUGGUAACGGCACUCGACGGCUUCAAGAAUGACCAAGAUUUCGUAGACGUGACCCUGGCGUGCGAGGGACAGUUUCUCAAAGCUCACAAGAUGCUGCUUUCUGCCUGCUCAGUGUUCUUCAGAGACCUGCUCAAGGCUAAUCCAUGCCAGCACCCGAUUGUCAUACUGCCGCCAGAGGUUCGAUUUGCAGACCUGGAGAAGCUGCUGCGGUUUAUCUAUCAGGGGGAAGUGAAUGUCCACCAGGAGAACUUGGCGAGGUUCCUUAAGACUGCGGAGAUGCUCAAGAUUCGUGGCUUGGCGGAGGACAGCGAAAAGCAGCGAGUCCUGCGGUCGUCGUCCCCUCGUCCGCCAGAGUCGUGUGAGGCAGACUCGGUCAGCCCCAAAAGGCCCAGGCUCUCUAUUGACGUCCACCAGCCGUGCCAGGAGCCACGCACCCCAAACGACGACAGCAGGCUCUCGGGCGGCGACUCGGACUCAGAGAUGAUUCCUGUCAAGCAAGAGAUGGUGGAACUGAAGGAGAGUGCUGACCCAUCAUAUGAAGGAGGUGACAAUGAAGCUUUUGUUCCGGAAGCUUAUAUGAGAGAAGGUGGGUCAGGCUCCUCCUCACAACAAUCCCAGCAGCAGGCACCCCCCAAUGCCCCCCCUCCACCCGGACCUCUAUUACCAUCGUACGUUCCACCUCCCCAAGUCAAGACACAAGAUGAUUCUCCACUCGGACCCACAGCACCAGAUGAACUCUCUCAGGGCACCUUCGCGCGCCUGGUAGCAGACCACAUGGGGGCGGCGGGCGGGGCACAGCGGCCACCGGGGCAGGGCAGAUCCCCGAGUACCUCCAGGUCCCCGGGGCAGGGCAUAUCCCCAGGGCUCAUGCGCUCCCCAGGCUCCCCAGGGGGUAUCCCAGCGGGUAUCCCAGGGGGUGUCCCAGGGGGUAUCCGAGCCAAGCCAGUCACCCCACACCUCCCCCAGGGCAAGGCAGCAGUGUUAAGGUCCCCAGGGGCUGGCCGGUCCCCCUCCCCAUCACUCAGUCAGUCUCUCACCCCAUCCCCUCUCUCCACCUUUCUCCCUGGGUUCACUCCCCCAUCCACCAACCCAGCCACCACCCCCACCUCCACCACCACCUCAACCAGGAAUGCGGUAGGGGUGGGAGGCGUGGUGGUGGGGGCGGCAGUAGGCACCCCACCCUCGUCAUCGCCCAUAGUGUGUGAUAUCUGCCACAAGACUUUCACAUCGCGCUCAAACCUUAACAAACACAAGCGCGUCCAACACUCAGGCGAGGAGUACGUGUGUCCAAUCUGCCGCCGGACUUUCAGAAACAGGUACUACAUCAAGGAACAUGUCCUCCUCUGCUCCACCGCCUCACAGAAGAAGGCCAAUGCUGCUGCCGCUGCUGCUGCCAUGCUUGGUGAUGGCAGCAAGGGCGAGGAGGGUGACAGUGGUGGUGGUGGUGGUGGUGGUGGUGGGGAAGAGCAACCCACUGAUUUGGUUUUGAGACGGACUGCUUCACCCACCUAGCUACUUAUUGCUAUUACUGCUACUGCUACUGCUGCUAUCAAUACUACCACAUACUAGCUUUUCUGCUGCUACUGUUACCACACACACCACUAUAGCCUCUCAUCACUAUACUAUUUUUCUGUCACCAUUAAGGACUACUGACAAUACUACUGCACAAUAGCUUUUCUACUGGUACUGUUACUUUGUACCAUCACUAUCACCACUCACCACAAUCACCACCACUAUCAAAACUACAAUUUUUCUGUAUUUUUGUCACUAUAAACUACUACUACUACUACUACUACUACUACUACUACUACUACUACUACUACUACUACUACUACUACUAUCAUCUACCAUCAGUGCCACCCACUGCAGUCAUUACUACACUACUAUUUUUCUAUCACCAUAAACUACAACUUUUACUACAACUAUUGCUGUCUCCUCCUCCCUCUCUUCCGCACACACAUACAGCAGCAGAAUAGUGUGGUAGGGCUGUGUGAUAGUGAUACAGUAGUAGCUUCCAGCCCACACUGACCAGGCACUUAGUUACAGUGCCUUAAUUAGUGCCUUAAUUGCUCAAGGGAAGGACAUUCAAAGGAACUGUUUGUCAGGGUCACCCACACACCCACCCUGGCUAUCCCUCUGCUCCCUACACCCGCACUCAGCCACACGCACCCACCCAGCCCUAUUGUGGGUGUGGGUGUGGGUCUGGCAAGAUCUCACAGGGUUACAAAGAGAGGAGAAAGUUGUAUACAGGGAAAUAAAUGACAAAUACUCACUGUGGAUGGAAAUUAGUUGAAGGGUUGCUGGGAAGUUUUGUGUAGGAGUGAGGAGAGAAGUGGGGGUGUUGUAUUAAAGUGAAUGGGAGAUUGGAAAGUUUUGUGGAUGACAGGAGAGAAAUGGGGGAGUUUUUGUAUUGAAAUGAAAGGGAAGUGGGAAAAAUUUUUAAAGAGAGAAAUGGGAGUUUUGUACUGAAAUAAAUGGAAGAUUGGAAAGUUUUUAAGGAGUGAGGAGAAUUGGGAGAUUUUUGUAAUUUUUGUACUGAAAUUAGAGAGGAAUGGGAAAAUUUGAUGCAGGAAUGAAGAGAAGAAGAGGAAGUUUUGGUAGAGAAACAAAACAGGAAUGGGAAAAUAUGAUUGAGGAAUAAGAGAGAUGGUAAAAUUUUCAUACAGAACUUAAGGAAUGGGAGUAAAACUUUAUCUUUGAAGCCAAAAUUAAAAAGAGGACAAAGUAAAAUGGAAAACUCUCACAAAAGCCAAAACAGGAAAAUGUGAUGAAAAGAACCAGAAUGCAGGAAAUGAAAGAAAGAAAGUAGGAAUGGGGAAGAGGAGACAAAGAAUGAAAGGAAAUGAAAAAGAAAAGACAAAUUAGGAAGAGGAAAGAAUUAUUAUCAUUAUUUGCUCAUUGUUUUCUUUAUUUAUUAUUAGUAUUCUUUAUAAGUCUGUUCCAAGUGAGUUUUAUUGUUUAUUUCUCAGAUAUUUUAGAUUUAAUUUAACUUGGCUUUUUUCUAUUAUUGUAUUUCUCUCUCUCUCUCGCUCUCUCUCUCUCUCUCUCUCUCUCUCUCUCUCUCUCUCUCUCUCUCUCUCUCUCUCUCUCUCUCUCUCUCUCUCUCUCUCUCUCUCUCUCUCUCUCUCUCUCUCUCUCUCUCUCUCUCUCUCUCUCUCUCUCUCUCUCUAUUUAGUUUUUACUUCACUUUAGUUUGUCUCCUCUUUCUCCACCUCCUCCCUUCCUUCCCUUCCCUUCUUUUUUUCCCCUUACCAAAAUAUUUAAAUGCUCCUAGAUCAUACUCAUGUGUGUGUGUGUGUGUGUGUGUGUGUGUGUGUGUGUGUGUGUGUGUGUGUGUGUGUGUGUGUGUGUGUGUGUGUGUGUGUGUGUGUGUAUAGA